AUGGUCCAGUUCUACGACGAGAUUCCGCCGUUCCUAAUCAAUUGGAUCAAGACCCAACAUGUGUUCUGGGUUGCAACAGCACCUUUGAGUGCUGACGGCCACGUCAACCUGUCCGGCAAAGGCAUUAACGGAACCUUUCACGUCGUCAAUAAUCGCCAAAUUUGGUACGAGGAUUUGACUGGGAGUGGCUGCGAAACAAUAUCACAUAUCCGAGAGAAUGGCCGAAUAACAAUCUACUUCAACGCUUUCGAAGGACCACCAAGGAUUGCUCGAUUAUUUGGAAAAGGGAAAGUAUAUGAAUUCGGAACACUGGAGUAUAAUGAACUAGUUCCGCCCGAAGAGAGGCAGCCUGGUUCACGUUCUAUUAUCAUGGUCGAUGUGCAUAAAGUUGCCACGUCGUGUGGCUAUGGGAUUCCGUUCUUUGAGUUCAAAUCUCAACGCACCAAAUACACCGACGUGGCUCUCAAGAAAGAGGCUCAGGACUGUGUUUCACCGUCCUCGGAGUUGCCUAGCGAUGGACUAAAGGCUUACUGGAAGAAAAUGAAUUCUACAAGUCUCGACGGGCUUCCUGGAAUGGAGCUCCUUCCGGUUACUGUUGCAACACAAUUUAUUCCAAAGGCAAAGGCUAGCAAGCCUAAGGCUCUGUCCAAAUUCCCGAAGGUCUCGGUUGCGCUAGACGAGAGGCUCAUGUUUGGCUUUGCCCUUGGUGUCCUUACAGUUUUGGUGGGAGGGCAAUUGAAUUCAUUAGGGAGUCUACGAAAUGUAGGACAAUUCUUCCGCGGGUAA